CCUCCCUUCCGCCAUGAACCUUCGCUCUUACACCGCAUACCUGAACCUCGUGGUACAUUGCUCAAUGCGAAUGCCUCCAGUCUCAGCGUUUCACACCACAGCCGUAUGGGCUGCUAGAUAUAGUCGACUUCUCGGGAUUCCGUCAUGUCUACUCAAACCGCCCAGGAGAGGAGACAUAUCUUUGUUUAAAACGACCGCCCAACGGGACAAGCACAUGGCCUCUAUUCAAGAUGGACGAGGAGGUCACACUCGUGGCAUGACAGCAAUGCCGAAGGUGGAUGGGGGGGUUGCUUGCACAGCGACUUUGGAGGUUUCUGUGGCAUCACCGGAAGAAAUGGAAGAAACAGGCGCUUUCUUCGGCGCGGACGCCAGUGGUGGAGACGUGGUUCUCUUGUGGGGAGACUUGGGAACGGGCAAGACGUGCUUCGCAAGGGGGUUUGUUCGAGCAAGAGUCGGGGAUCCUGGCCUAGCGGUGACUUCACCGUCGUACCUCUUGGACAACACCUAUGAGGUUGCAGAUGAAGAUCUCACACUGCACCACAUGGAUCUAUACCGGCUUCAAGGGGGUACCGAUCUACGAGUGCUCGGUAUUCCGGGCGUGUUUGAGACAUGUGUUUGUCUUGUUGAGUGGCCUGAUCGGCUGGGAGCGACUCAACCAGUCAACAGACUAGAUGUUCACCUGACAGCAGUCAACGAAGAAGAACGAAUACUUAAAUUCAUUGGACAUGGCGCCUGGUGGACGGGGGUGGUGGAAGAUUUCCAGGAAGCAAGGCGGACAAGGAAGCUUCGUUAGUUCACCUUCAGUGUCUUGCCCGAAAA